CCACGCAACCCCGCCCCCUGCGCGAAGGACCCCUGCGCCGCCUUAUGAUUGGCUGCGGGGAGGUCCUCCUUCCUUUUCUCGCUCGCUGGCAGGGAGGCCGCCGCCAAGAUGAAUGACACAGUGACCAUCAGAACCAGGAAGUUCAUGACAAACAGGCUGCUUCAGCGGAAGCAGAUGGUGAUUGAUGUUCUUCAUCCUGGGAAGGCCACAGUCCCCAAAACAGAAAUCAGGGAGAAGCUGGCAAAAAUGUACAAGACGACCCCUGAUGUAAUUUUCGUCUUUGGCUUCAGAACUCACUUUGGUGGUGGCAAGACAACAGGUUUUGGCAUGAUCUAUGAUUCUCUGGACUAUGCAAAGAAAAACGAACCAAAGCACAGGCUUGCCAGGCAUGGCUUGUAUGAAAAGAAGAAGACUUCUAGGAAGCAGCGAAAGGAGCGCAAGAACAGAAUGAAGAAAGUCAGGGGCACAGCCAAAGCAAAUGUUGGUGCCGGCAAGAAGAAGGUAAUCUGUGUGGUGUUGUAUAGCUUCUUAUCAGCUCAGUAGCUUAGUUUUGCUCCUCACUGCUGCAAGCUUAGCUGAUACAAUGUGAAAUAAUGCUUCUUAAAAUGAUUGUUUCCUACAUGUCACUGGAAUGAAAGUUAAAAUUCCGUAAAUCUAACAGUAUUGCGCUAAUCUCAUAACUCAGCCUUGCAAUGUACAAAUUAGAUUUUCUUAACACUUGUUACUCGGACUACCUAAAUAUCUAAUACUUACUCCACCAAGUUACUGUUAUUUAUGGUGUUAUUUGUAGAGGAGAUUUUGUUAAGGAUGUGUGGUGUUGUAGAUAGUGAAGACAGUGUGUAAAUAAGGUAGAAUGCCUGCUUUAUCCUGUCUUUGACUGAUUCCCAAGACAGUGGGGGUUUUUCCCCUGGUGGGAGCUUCCUAUGCUGUGGCUGAACUUGAUGCAAGCUUUUCAGGUGAGCAGCUUGGAGAGAGACAGAGUUCUGUUAUCAUUAAAUAAAAAAACCCCACCACAACUGAGGAGUAACCUGGGUGUGAAGAUGGUUAUAUACCUUAGCAGUUUUUUAUCCUCUGAAAAAUACUGAGUAAGCUGUGCAGCUAAAUGGGUUUUUCCAAGUGUUUUAACAAGGGAAGAUAGGGCAUUGAGAUUUGACACUUAGCUCUCUAGCUG